GUUUCCUUCACGAGAUUGAUCCGAGCGUUGCGCCAGACACAUUUUUUUCUAUUUUAUCGCUUUUACAGUUCAGGUUCAAAGUUAUUAUGACCAGUGAACCAUGCUGCGUUCCAAAAAGGAUGUAGACCGCCACGUGCGAGAUAUUCUGAAUAAAAUCAAGAGCGAGGACGAGAGAAAAGUUCGGGGUUAUAACAUUGCCCGACUCUACUUUAACAUCAAUGAGUAUGAGAGUGCCCGUCGUUACUUGAGUGAAUUCCUAACAGCGCGCCCUAAAGCAACAGACGCUCAUCGUUUAUUAGGCCAGAUCAAUGAAGGUCUUGGAAAUAAAGAAAAGGCAGUACAAUCUUACAAGACCUCCUAUGAACUAGGUGGUGGCCAAAAAGACCUCAUUUUGAAAAUCUGUGAGCUAUAUACAGAAGUACAGUGUGACAAUUCGGUGCGUCUGUAUUGGGCAGAAGAAGGCCAUAGGCUCUAUCCUCACAAUGAAAGUGUUGUCAAGUUACGUGAAGCUCUUCUCACGGGUUCAGGAGCACACUCACGGGAGGAGCUUGAAAAAUUAUACCUAGAUGAAAUUAAAGCUAAUCCAACAGAUGUUAGACUACAAACCAAUCUCCUGCAGUUGUAUAAAGACUGGGGAGCUGAAGACAAAAAUAAGCUCAAUGAAGCCUACAAUUAUGGGUGUCAGGUGGAGGCACGUAAGCCAUUUUCAGAAUCACUGGAAUGGUAUAAAACCCUAUUUGAUAUCAUGCAGGAAUACCGCUCAUCAGCUGAUGUUAGCAAUGAAAAGGAAUUCCACAUCAACUGUUUGUCUGCCCAAGAGCGACUUGUCUACCUCACUUUGGCCUCAAGCAGCAGUACUGCACUCCUGUCCCAGUGUACCCUCACAGAUGCUGCUGCACUCCUACACAAGUUUGAUCAAGAUCUGAAGACCAGUUUAGAAGUGGUGGAUCAAAAUUCUUCUUUUGGUCAGAUGAUGGUGGGCCAGUUGUACCUGCAUAUGGCUAUAUUCCUUUUACAAAAUGCAAAGAAGGAUGGCCUUACUCACACAAGUACCAGUGCUGGAGCUCUGCUGUUUCAUGCCUGCAGAUACCGGUCUUCUGAAAGUGCCACGCAGUCAAAGUCGUGGAGUUCAAGAGAUCAAUUCUGGUAUAAAUUAACUUGUCACAGACUAUCUCAGGCUGCUCAUGUCCUUAACCAUAUGGCUAAAACUGAAUCUGAAAAGAAUAAGUUUUUAAACAAAGUGAAACAACAGUGCAGUAAUAAGCAAGCUCAGGAGAACAUCUACCUGACUCUGUUUGGGGCUUCUAAUGCCAACAAGAAGGAGGGGAGCUUUUUCCUCGGUGAUGAGCAGUUUAUUUCAAAGCCCCUGACAUAUCCUGAAGCUGAACAAGUAAAAGUCUGGGAUAAUGUUGUAGGAACCAUGUACUGCUCAAGUUUGCGUGACAUGGUGUGGUUGUGUCUGCAGCAAGCCCCAACCAGUUGCAAGGAGCCACAGCCAUACUACACAUAUACAUUGUUUGAAGGUCUUCAGUUUUCCACGACCAAUGUCAAUACAGGGGCUCCAGAGACCCUGUGCCAUCUUGAUCUCCUAGCUUUCUUGGCUGCAACUGUGUAUUGCCAAAUUGCAGCUGGAAAAGAGAAUAAUGGUCCUCCUCCAGCCUCCAUGCCAACAGUGGUUGCAUCAGUUCUCAAUACAACUGAACAAGCAGAAUGGUGGACUGCUGCUUACACGCUCUUUACCAACCGUGCUCACCACAGGCUUAGUAAGCUGCGUAUGAUCUUGCAGCGGGGUCUGGAGGUCAUAAGAGCUGUUGGCAACCAUGGUGUUGACUUAGCUCUUAUGGCACACUUGGCACAAUGCUUUUCUACCUGGGCAACAGCAGCCAAAGAGGAUGGAAGUACAGCAAGUGAAGUAGAUGCUCUAGAGGACCGGGCAGAACACUCACUGUUUACUAUAUCUAAACUUGGCAAGCAACUGUUAUCUCUUCAUGGUGAUGCUGUUAAAUCAAGUCCUCCUCCAGCCUCCAUGCCAACAGUGGUUGCAUCAGUUCUCAAUACAACUGAGCAAGCAGAAUGGUGGACUGCUGCUUACACGCUCUUUACCAACCGUGCUCACCACAGGCUUAGUAAGCUGCGUAUGAUCUUGCAGCGGGGUCUGGAGGUCAUAAGAGCUGUUGGCAACCAUGGUGUUGACUUAGCUCUUAUGGCACACUUGGCACAAUGCUUUUCUACCUGGGCAACAGCAGCCAAAGAGGAUGGAAGUACAGCAAGUGAAGUAGAUGCUCUAGAGGACCGGGCAGAACACUACUGGCAUCGAGUACUCACACUUUGCCAAAGGGCUGCAAGGAAUGUCAUAAAUGUUACACCAAGGAAUAGACUAUUUGUUGUACAAAACAUAUCUCUAAGUGCAGAGGAGCGCUCCAAGGUUGAGGAGGAAGGGAAAUACUUCCUAGCCAUGAGACUAGUACAGGCAGGGAAGCUGCAGGAGGCCAUACAAGCACUUGGAGAAUUGAAAAGUCCUGAAGCAUCAUUCCAGAGGGCAAUGUUGUAUAAAGAACAGGCCCAAGCUAUUACCGGUGAAGGUGGUGUAGAAGCCAUGACGGCAGACAUGCGUUCACAACACACCAUUCUGUUAACACAAGCAAGAGAUACCCUUUAUCUCACUCUUGAUAGAUUGCGGAUGCCAGGUGUAGAUCGUUUUCAUCCUCUCAACACAAAGUUGAGUCAGCAGCUGGAGGAUGUUGAAAGGCGACUUUCACACAUGAGUGUAGACCAAGAUACCCACACUCAGCGAGAGGAUGAUACAGAGUCCAUUUCAGAUGCCUCCCAGUCCCCUCGACCUGAUUUGGCUAAUGGACAUGUUAUAAAUGCAUCUCAGCCUCCACAGAUUUUUAGUACACCAUACAGGGACAACAGAAAUAGUAGCAGAAUAACAAGACAGGAGGCCCGUCCAAGCCCAGAACGUCUGGAUGCACAGGUGAGAGCUAUCUCAGAGGUUCAGGAAAAUACAUUGAGGAACAUGGAGGACACAUUAAGGAAUAUGGAAGAACAGAAUGCGGCACUUAGAGCCCAGAAUGAAGCUCUCAGAGACACUUGUGCUACAAUGGCGCAAGAGGUCAAGGAAAAUGCUUCAUUGUUCCGCAGUAUUCUCGAACAGAACAAAAGUAUCUCCCAGGAAGCAUAUAAUGCUGUACUUAAUGAAAUGAAGCAAGUUCAAAUAAGUAUAAAAGACCUGCAGACUCAAGUUCAAAGUAUAGCAGUUGAUGUAGCAGAAUUGCGAGCCAUGAAAGCAGAUGCAAAGCAUACUGAAGUUGUUGAAGCAAAGGCCAGUGAAGAACAGGUAGCUGUAGACAUUCCUGCUGCAGUAGUGCCAGCCGGAAUAUACAGUGGUUACAUGGGAUACUACAGUCAGCAACCUGUACCCAACCCAUUGAUGCCGACUCCAGGGCUCUUUGGGAACCCUCCUUUCUUCCCACCUUCCACUCUCCCAGACCAGACAUACAGCAUGCCAUCAAGUGUUAGCCAGGUGACAACAGUAACCAGUCUAAGUCAGACAGGAUCUUCAAUAGUGACCCAGGCUCUUGGCUCCCCUGCUAUCGUUACUGCUAAGGAGCCACUGCCAUCACCCUCUGGAAUCACUGUUGCACAGAGUCUUGCUACAACAAACUUGGGUAAUGUGAGUUGGAGUGUGGCACAGGGCAUUAGUUCUUCAUCUGGCACCACCAGCAGUGCGCAGAUAAUGCCACCUGUUACCAGUGCUCCUCAUGCCUUCCAGAUUACAAUGCCAGCUGUGUCUGCAGCUCUGACACCACCACCUGCUUCUGCACCUGAGGAGCAGCUGUCAAUCACCCUUCCAUGCUCUGCUACGGGUCUCCUGGCCAACAUACCCGCCCCCCUGUACUCAGCAGUCACUCCUGACUCGUCCCCCCAACGAGGCCAGUCACAGGUUAAAUCACUGUCACCGUAUUUGUCAACGGGCGGCUUGUCUCCCGCAGCCAACAAUCUGGAUGCUCCAUCUGCCUCGUCUGGUUCACAGGACUGCACAAUCACAUUUUCAGGGACCUUUAAGAGUCCUGGGGGCAUUACCGCAACAGAAUCCCCUGCUCCAAAGGCAAAGGAAACCGCUGAUGAUGACAAUGAUCGGUAUGUAGAGGAUGACCAUGACCCAUGUCCAGAUUUCAAGCCUGUAAUUCCAUUGCCGGAGAAGGUGGAGGUUCGCACAGGGGAAGAGGAUGAAGAGGUAUUGUUUGAAGAGAGAGCCAAGCUCUUCAGAUUUGUAGAAAAGGAAUGGAGAGAGAGAGGAACAGGUGUUAUGAAGCUAUUGCACAACCCAGCCCAGGGCUCUGUGCGUGUUCUAAUGAGGAGAGACCAGACCCACAAGAUAUGUGCCAACCAUCUUGUGUAUUCUAAUAUAGAGUUGCAGGCCAUGAAAGGAAAUGACAAAGUUUGGAUAUGGGCUGCACAGGAUUAUGCUGAUGAAGAAUUGCGUAUGGAGAAGUUCUGUUGUCGAUUCAAAACUCUGGAGAUAGCUACAAGCUUCAAGGAUGCUUUCAUGAAAGCAAAAGCAAUUGUCAAAGAGAAUGAAGAUAAAUUGGAGAAACAGCAGAUUUCAGGAGACUCAAUUAAGAGUCAAGAACCUGUAAAAACAAGUUCAGGAAAAUCCCUAGCAGAGAUGUUUAAGCCAGCUGCAGGAUCCUGGACCUGUUCUGUGUGCCUGGUGAACAACUCUGCUGAAAUGAGCAAAUGUGCUGCUUGUGAAACUCCCAAUCCCAAUGCCCCCAAGGUUGAGGAAUCAGCUGCACCUCAGACACCCUUUGCCGCAUUCAAGUUUAAAACCCCCACAAAUACUCCAGGUUCAUCAGCUGCAUCUCCAGACAAGCUUGGCAUGGCAUCAACUCCUAACACUUCCACUUCAGCUUCUGCCACAGGAUCUGCCUUCAGAUUUGGCUUGGACUCCUCAAAAGCAACCAUCAGCCCCCUGGUCAGCUCAGCCCCAACUUCUUCCAGUGCUGUGUCAACCCCUGCUACCAGUACUGACACAGCCAAGGAUACUGUUAAGUUCUCCCUAAGUGGGUUCACCUUCACCACCACUCCCACAUUGAAGCAGGAUAAGGUGGAAGUCCCAGAAAAGCCAAAAGAGGAGGAAAAGAAAAAGGAAUCAAUAUUUGCAAGUUUCUCCUUUGGGUCCAGUGCCUCAUCUGGUUCCGGAAAUUCAGACUUCAAUUUCAGUGUGCCAACAAAAGACAGCAAGCCUGAAGGAAGUCCUGCAGUGUCAAGCCAGUCGGCUGGGGAUGGAGGGUUGUUCAGCAACAAACCAGCAGGCAAUUUGGUAUCCUUCAGCAGUUUGGCUGCCAACAGUAGCUCUACAUCAUCAAAUGUGUUUACCAUUAAGGAUACAAAAGCUUUCGAACCAAAGGCUUUGUUUGGAGGUUCGCAAGCAAAGUCACCCAGUAAGGACGAUGGGGAUGACAAAGUAGAAGAAUAUGAACCUCAGGUAGACUUCCAGCCAGUUGUUCCUCUGCCAGACCUAGUUGAGGUCAAGACAGGUGAGGAAGAAGAAGAGAGAUUAUUCUGCGAGCGAGCGAAGCUUUUCCGCUUUGAUAAGGACACCAAGGAAUGGAAGGAACGAGGCAUAGGCGAGCUGAAGAUCCUGAAGAACAAUACAACUAAGAAGAUUCGCAUUUUGAUGCGCCGUGAACAAAUCCACAAGGUGUGUGCCAAUCACUUCCUCACACCAGAGAUAAAACUGACUCAAAUGCAGACAUCAGACAAGGCAUGGAUUUGGGCUGCACAUGACUUUGCAGAUGAAGAAAUGAAGGAAGAGAGGUUUGCUGCCAGAUUUAAGACCCAAGAAUUGGCAUUGAGCUUUAAGGCAGCAUUUGAAAAGGCCCAGAAAUCUCUAGAGUUGGACACUUCAGACACCACAGUGCUUUGCAGCUUUGUGUUUACCAUUAAGGAUACAAAAGCUUUCGAACCAAAGGCUUUGUUUGGAGGUUCGCAAGCAAAGUCACCCAGUAAGGACGAUGGGGAUGACAAAGUAGAAGAAUAUGAACCUCAGGUAGACUUCCAGCCAGUUGUUCCUCUGCCAGACCUAGUUGAGGUCAAGACAGGUGAGGAAGAAGAAGAGAGAUUAUUCUGCGAGCGAGCAAAGCUUUUCCGCUUUGAUAAGGACACCAAGGAAUGGAAGGAACGAGGCAUAGGCGAGCUGAAGAUCCUUAAGAACAAUACAACUAAGAAGAUUCGCAUUUUGAUGCGCCGUGAACAAAUCCACAAGGUGUGUGCCAAUCACUUCCUCACACCAGAGAUAAAACUGACUCAAAUGCAGACAUCAGACAAGGCAUGGAUUUGGGCUGCACAUGACUUUGCAGAUGAAGAAAUGAAGGAAGAGAGGUUUGCUGCCAGAUUUAAGACCCAAGAAUUGGCAUUGAGCUUUAAGGCAGCAUUUGAAAAGGCCCAGAAAUCUCUAGAGUUGGACACUUCAGACACCACAGCUGCUUCUGAAGCUGCCCCAGUUAAACCCUCAAAUACUGCUACCAGUUCACUUGCUGCUAUGUUCAAACCCGCUGCAGGAUCCUGGGAGUGUGAUACCUGCUUAGUGCGAAACAAACCAGAAGAUAAUGUUUGUGUUUCAUGUUCAAGCAACAAACCAGGUUAUGAACCACCUAAAGAGAGCACACUCCAAACACCCCAGUUUAGCUUUGGUAUUCCAUCCUCAACUACUGCUCCAAAAGAAUCUGCAAAGAAUGAGGAUAAACCUCCCCUUAAUUCUCUGGCAAGCAUGUUUAAACCAGCAGCUGGCUCAUGGGAGUGUAAUAGUUGUUUGGUGCGUAACAAAGCAGGAGAUACUGUAUGUGUUGCAUGUAAAUCUGGUAAAGAUGGUAGUGCUCCCACUGCAGAUUCUUCUACUGGUGAUAAAUCAUCUUUCAGCUUUGGCAUCAAAAGUGAUGCAUCUUCAACCUCAAGUGGCUUUAUCUUUGGUGUAACAGAAAACAAGACUGCAUUCUCAUAUAGCAUUCCCUCCACAAGUCAGAGUGCAACUGCCACUCCCUCUCAGCCAGCCUUUUCCUUUGGCACAAGUGCAAAACCUGCCCAAGACAGCACUGAUAGUAAGCCUGCAUUUUCAUUUGGUAUCCCAGGCAGUGUAACAAUAAAACCUGUGCAAGAUUCUACUGUUGCAACAGAAACCAAACCUGCUUUCUCCUUUGGGGAACAAAGCAACAAGCCAUUCAGCUUCUCCUGGUCAACAACUACCCCAGCCAGCAUUGGGUCAGCCUCUACAGCAGGCACUUCAGCCUUCUCUUCAUCAACCUUUUCUCAGUCUAAGCCCCAGGAGCAGCCCUCAACACCAACCAAAGAAGAAAAACCAGGCUUUGUAUUUGGUAGCCCUGGAAAGUACGAGUUCUCAUUCACUGGAGUUAAAGCUCGUUCUCCCAGGUCAAGAGAUAUCAGUCAGUGUGAAUCAGAAGAUGGCCUUGUGGAAGAAGAUGAAGGAGACCAUCUUUAUUUUGAGCCUGUGAUACCAUUACCUGACAAGGUUGAUGUAGUGACUGGAGAAGAGGAGGAAACUUGUCUUUACUCUCAUCGGUCAAAGCUCUUCCGCUUAGUCAGUGGAGAAUGGAAGGAACGAGGCAUAGGUGAUGUCAAAAUCCUGUGCCACAAGAAGAAUGGUAAGAUAAGGCUGCUGAUGAGGAGGGAGCAGGUUCACAAGAUCUGCAUGAACCAUUACCUGAAGGCAGACACUGAAUUCCGCAAGAAGGACGAGAAGACCUUCUACUGGGCAGCAGUUGAUUACACUGAAAAUGAAGCACAAAAGGAGACUUUCGCUAUCCGUUUCAAGACCCCAGAGAUUGCAGCUGAAUUUUAUAAGGCAGUGGAUAGUGCGAAGGUUCAGUUAGGUGGAACUCCAACAGAAUGUCCAGUGACAGUAUCAUCAAGUCCUGUAAAAUCAGAGGAAACAAAGAAAGAAAAGUCACCAGACACACCUCAGAGUAAGACUGAGCUCAAAUCAUCAACACCAGUUUCUGUAAAGGCUGAAGCGGAUACCACAUCAGGGGACGCUACAAGCAAGCCGAACAGCUCUAUCUUCGGAGGAACACCCAGCAAGACACUGUUUGGAGAAACAAAAGGCACAAUAUUUGGGAGUGGCACUGAACCAUCUUUCGUCACUAAUGUGUCUGCUACCUUCACACUAAGAGGUCCUGAUCAGCAGGGAGUACUAAAUGCAGCUGGUGGGCCAUCUGUGUUUGGAGCAGCGACUACAAUGUCUACCACCCCAAGAAGCACCUUUAGCUUUGGAGACAAAUUCUCCUUAAAUCCAGAUGCUGACGACUGUGAGGUGGUCUACAUUAAGAGCAGUAAUGAGGAGCAGAAAUGCCAUGCCAAGGCAUUAAUGCUCCCUGAGAAUUUCUAUAGUUACAAAGAACAUCCAAGCUGCCCAGGCUGUGUGGGCUGUGAGGCAGAUGAUGAUGACAGUGAAGAUGUGGUGGAGGUACUUUUUGAGAAGAAAGCUACACCUGAACAAGUACAGAAAGCUAGAAAGCUGCAGCUUCCUGAUAAUUUCUAUUUGUAUGAAGAGGCCCCUCCUUGCCUCGGCUGCCGGGGCUGUUGUGAAGAGGAAGAAACAGUUGGAAAAGUUGAGCAGACAAUACCAUCUGCAUCAACCCCAGCAAAUAGUACUUCCGCAUCAUCCAUACUUGGUGGAAUAAGUGCAGGGCCUUUCACAAGUGCAGUUUUUGGAAAAGGACCACCAAAGUCUCCAAGCAUUUUUGAAACUCCUAAAAUCUUAGGGGGUAGCACUGGAGGUUCUAGUCUUUUCGGGGGUGCUACUAAUUCCCCCAGUGUGUUUGGAGGCUCUACUGCUGCAAAUGCUCCCAGUGUGUUUGGAGGGUCCCCUGCUCCUAAUAGUCUGUUUGGAGGCGCCUCCACUACAAAUUCUCCCAGUAUUUUUGGUGGUUCUGCUACUAGUAGUUCUACCAGUACAUUUGGAGGCUUUACUGCAACUACCACUACUGCCAGCAGUUCACCUAGUAUAUUUGGCAGUUCUAGUGUCACUAGUACUGGCAGUAUAUUUGGAGGUAAUGUUAGUGGAAGUAUAUUUGGUGGGUCUGCUGGUUCAGCUGGUGGACUCUUUGGAAAUGCCAAGACCUCAGGAUCACCAAGCAUAUUUGGUAAUGCUGUUGCAACAUCAACAGAAAAUACUACAUCAAGUAGCACAACAAAAUCAACAGAAGGAAGUUUGUUUUCCACCAUUAGUAGUGGAAAUAUGUUAUCAUUUGGAGACCUAGCUUCACAAUCUAAUGAAAGUGGAUUUGGUCAGAAAAACACAGCAGCAGCAGAUGCAGUUUGGGCUGCAAAAGGACAACCAAUAUUUGGGAAAUCUCCAAAGAAGACUGGAGAUGAUGAUGAUGAUGUAGUUGAAAAUGAUCAUGAUCCCCACUUUGAACCUGUUGUACCAUUACCGGAUUUGGUGGAGGUGAAGACCGGAGAGGAGGACUUAGAAGUGAUAUUUAGCAACCGUGGCAAGCUGUAUCGUUAUGAUAGUGGCUCAAAACAGUGGAAAGAGAGAGGCAUUGGAGACUUCAAAAUCCUUCGAGACCCAGCCACAAAUAAAUUCCGCUUACUGCAAAGGAGAGAACAGGUCCACAAAUUGUGUUGCAACCACUACCUAACAACCCAACUUCAGUUACGACCCAUGGAGACUUCAGAAACUGCCUGGUGCUGGUAUGCCAAGGAUUAUUCCGAGAGCUUAGAAGGCACGGAUGAGAAGCUAGCAAUCAGGUUUAAGACAAGUGAAAUAGCUGCAGAAUUCCAGAAGAAGUUUGAAGAAAGCCAAGAGAUCAUAAGGAAGAGUGAAGCAGAUCCUACAGGUAGCACAAACACAUCUGCUACAUUUGUCCUUCCACACCCCAGCAGUUCUGUUCAAAAAGAUGAAGAUGCAGAUGAAGAUGACGAAGAAGAUGAUGACGAGGAGGAUGAAGAUGAUGAUGACGACGAUGAUGACGACGACGACGAUGAUGAUGAAGAUGAUGAUGAUGAUGAUGAAGAGGAAGAGGACGAUGAGGAUGAUGAUGAUGAUGAGGAUGGAGAUGAUAAUGUAGUGAUUUUUACCAAGAGAUGCACCUUGUCUAAAAAAGAAAAUGGUAGUUGGACGGCACUUGGUGCUGGGGAUCUUCACAUCCAGUAUGAUGAUGACUUCUUUGGGGCGAGGAUCAUCAUGACGUCAGAGUCUGGAGAAACCCUUGCUGAACAUAUUAUAGCUAUUCAAACCACAGUGCACAAAGAGGGCAAUUCAGCUACCUGGACUGUACUUAACUUAGAGCCACAACCUCAAGCAGUUACAACAUUCAAGGCUGAAUUUGCCAGUGUCAAAUCAUUAGAAGAAUUUGUUGCAGCUUUCCAUGAGGGCAAGGAAUAUGCAGAGAACUCGGGCAUUAUGGAACAGCCCAGUGGAGAAGUAGCCCCGGAAGAGCUGUACUAUGGUCAGGGUGCAGAUGAACAAGGCAUGAAAAAGGAAUCUAUGCCAUCAGCAUCUCAAAUGGAUUUAUUGGAAAACAAGAAAACACUGCCGUUUAGCUUUGGGCAGGUGUUGACUUGCGAUCCCAAUUUAACGCGAGAGCUUGCUGCGGCUCUCCAGGAACACUUUCCUACUUUAAACUCGGAAUUUGAGAAAGAAUGAUGGCUGGAAGAAAAAUAGACGUUUAAAGGACAAGAAGGGCAUAUGCAUAUAGUAAUCUGCUGAUUUGCUUCAACAAAAGGAAUCAUAUCAUGAAAAGACAACUUUGAACAAGUUUUGAAGCUUUGAUAUACAAGAUUUUCAGAGACACUCCGUGAUUAAAGGAAUAUAUUUGUUUUAUUAUUUUUUACAGCUGUGAUGGAUAUGUGAUCUUAACUUUGUGAAGUGUGAUGGUUUAUUUUAGCAGCCUCGCUUAAGUAAGGCAAUCCUUUCAUUUGAUAAGAGAGGAGAAGAUGUAAUUCCUUUUAGUUUAUAGAGAAACGGGAGAGGUAAUGCAAUGGUUACCAUGUAUAUUGAAUAUGGAGAAAUAGGAGAUUUUAAGCUUUGUAACUUAAGUUUUAAACUUUUGCCUGGCCAUGAUUGCUAUAAGUAUCCCAGUAUAUUUUGUAAGCUUCAGUAGGUUAAGCUAUAUAGUUUUCUUAUCCUUGUGUUUUACUGUCUUACGUUGGUACAAAUGUCACAUAACUAGUGGCUUUGAGCUCAGGUGAUAUAUUUACUGGGCUCAUCCCAAACUUGCCUUACAUCUAGAAAGUUUGCAUUUCCAUUGGGCUAUUUCCUGUUGCUCAUAGUUGCUUGUUAUGCUGCAAAAAUCUGUAUUCAUAAAGAGAUUAGUCCCACCACGACAUUUAUUUUUGGUUCCAUAAAAGUUUUAGAUGAUCAA